GUGGUAGCGGGAACAGCGUCGGGGGUGGCGUGCAGGGGGUGGUCGCCGGGAUUUGUGGACCAGCGAACGCGUCCCUCGCGGCGACGGAUUACGUGACGGCGGCAUGCUAUCCCCCGGGAUCUCAGCUCACCCUGACCGCCUCUCACCCUCAGCCCCACGUCGUUGAUCCCGCGAUGACGCCCACCUCGGCGCCGGUGCCGACUCCGACCUCGGCGUCGGGACCCAACAACCCGGUCGCCAUGAGCCAACUGGGAACCGUCUAUGCCACCAAAAGACGACGCCGAAACGGGAAAAGUUUAAAACCACCCCAAAAGGAUGGUGUAACAAAGUCGAACCCCAGCAAGAGACAUCGGGAACGAUUGAACGCCGAAUUGGAUACUCUGGCGUCGUUGCUUCCGUUCGAACAAAACAUUUUGAGCAAGCUGGAUCGACUCAGCAUCUUGAGACUCAGCGUUAGCUAUCUCCGAACGAAGAGCUACUUCCAAGUGGUGAUGCACAAAGACAAAGAAGAAAAUUCGCACCACGAUUCGCACUACAGAGCGAGGGAGUUGGCCGCUUUUGCGUACGAUCAUCACCAUCUCGACGGCGAAAUGUUCCUACAGGCGCUGAACGGGUUCCUGCUCAUACUGACUUGCGACGGGGAAGUGUUCUUCGCCACCCACAGCAUAGAAAGUUACCUUGGCUUCCAUCAGUCCGACAUUGUCCAUCAAAGCGUCUACGAGUUGGUGCACAGUGAAGAUCGAGAAGAAUUACAAAGGCAGUUGAUGUGGAAUUCUUUUCUACCCGCAGAAAGUGCGAGUCUACCUCUUCACGACGCUCUCUCACCCCAACAUAGUCAUCUCCUAGAACGCAGUUUUACUGUUCGCUUCCGGUGCCUUUUGGACAACACAUCCGGUUUCUUGCGUUUGGAUAUUAGGGGACGCGUGAAGAUACUCCAUGGUCAAAAUCGAAAAACCGAAGAGCCACCUUUGGCAUUGUUCGCUCUGUGCACACCGUUUGGACCACCGUCGCUCCUGGAAGUUCCACAGAAGGAUGUGAUGUUCAAAAGCAAACACAAACUGGAUUUGGCGCUUGUGUCGAUGGACCAACGAGGAAAGAUGCUGUUAGGAUACUCGGACGCGGAGCUAGCAAAUCUUGGUGGCUAUGAUCUAGUCCAUUACGAUGAUUUAGCCUACGUGGCGAGUGCUCAUCAAGAACUGUUGAAAACGGGAGCCUCGGGUAUGAUAGCGUACAGAUUUCAAAAGAAAGACGGUGGAUGGCAGUGGUUGCAGACUAGUUCAAGAUUAGUCUACAAGAACUCGAAGCCUGACUUUGUCAUAAGCACGCAUAGGCCUCUUAUGGAAGAGGAAGGUAGGGAUCUUCUUGGAAAACGGACGAUGGAUUUCAAAGUUAGCUACUUGGAUGCUGGAUUGACCAACAGUUAUUUCUCGGACAACGAUAGUUUGACGGGCUCCGUAAUGACGCCGACGCUUCCAUCCCAACCGACGUCCCAAAGAGUGAACAGGCGGUACAAGACUCAACUGAGAGACUUUCUGUCGACCUGUCGAAACAAACGAACCAAAUUGUCGGCACAGUCGUCGGUUUCCCCGCCAGUCACACCCACGGUCGCGUCCGUGGACUACCUCGCAGCUGAUACCAGUGCUGCAGCUGCAGUUGCAGCCGCGUACAGCAAUCUAAACACGAUGUAUCCGACCGCAUACGCACCCACAGCAGUCACAGCUAGCACUGACCCUUCGCUGACUACCUACAUUGGUCAUACAGGCAACUACCAUCAGACCUUGUAUCCCGCGACUGCGUUAGAUAAUAGGUACCUCACCGCAGCGACGGAAAACUUGUUCCAAUACAGGCCUUUAGGCUCUUACUAUCCAGAGUACCACACGAGCACCGCGUACAACGGCUUCAUCGACGUAAGUCUACCCACCUACGAGACGCACCAGUUGACUAGCAAAGCGGAAGAGAAGUUGUACUGCCAGCAAUUAGGUGAAUCUCCAAAGUACGGCUACGUCGAGACCAGACACCCCAGUAGCGUCAGUGGUUCUCCCUAUGCUGCCAGUCCAAUCGCGAGUGCGUCGACGAUGCACACCGCGACAGCCGACAUCAAUAUCGUUCGUGCUGGAAGUAGACAUUCCCUUGAAGGUGGUGCUUCGUCCAGCAACUCCGCCGGAAGCUCGCCUGUAACUGGACCAACGAACGGCGUGCUUACCCCAAAGAUAGAGGACGUGAAGCCCGAGGUGUACGCCAACGAGGCACCUCGACAAACAGUCUUGAUGUGGGGUGCACCGCCUUCUCGUACUCCUCCAAGGAACAACGGCAGCUACAGUCCACCCACGCCACACUCCACGCAUUCAUCUACCCAUUCGACCAAUGCCGCUGCCGGAGAUCCCUUGAAAUCCCUGGCGGAAAUGAACUCGAUGAAUGGGGAGUGCAAAUGGAGACAGACUUCACCCAGUGAACAACAAACAGCCGCACCCAGUUCACCCAGAACCAAGCCACAGCCACAACCACAGCACCAGCAUCAUCAACAGCAACAGCAACAACAACAGCAACAGCAACAGCAUCAACAGUACCCGGUGACAACGUCACAGUAUCAAGCAGCAGCGGCGGCCGCGGCCGCGGCUGCGGCUGCAGCGGCCAGCACUAUAGGAUACACGCACUCUCAUCCGGGCCAUGGCCACGGGGAAGCGGGCUCCGAGGUAUGGCAAGGAGUGCAACACCACCACCACUACCAGUACUAUCCCUACCACCAUCACCACCCCGCACCACCAAGGCACGCGCCCCACACAUCCCCGUCAGCUGUGGGAACGGGGACGGGAGUCGGCAUGGGCAUCGACAACAACACCAGCAACAACAACGUCUUGUACCACCCUCCGCACCACCACCCACAGCAUCAACACGUGGUGGGAUCAUCAGCGGGGGCAAUGGGCCCAACUGUCCAACAGAUUCCAAACCGGACGCCGGGAGUCCUUUGUUGUCCAUCUCUGAGGUGACUAACACCUUGCUCAACCAAUAGUCUCUUCGUCGUCUCAGCAUCGUUUCGUUUUGGUGAUCAAGGUAUCUCUCAGGAGAUAGUUUCACCGGGUCGGAUGACAAAACACGUGACUGUAUCAUAUAGAUAAUACCGGUUAACAUUUUUAAGAGUAUUCCUGUGUAGCGUUGUAUCGUACUCAUUGCAGUUAACGCUCGACGUUGCUACGACCUAUGUAUGUACGCUUGAUUUACGUUAAUUCAUUCGUACUGUUAAGUUUGCAACGAGAGUCUGUUGCUCGUGAUCGUCGGAAUAUCGAGCAACGAAAGAAAAUUAAAGACUCUCGAUUCGGCUGAACCUCAGUCUUGCCAAUGUUUUGUUAAUAAGUUUGUAAUUUUUGUACUUAAUUAAUUUAUAUACGGCUAUUUAUCUACCGUGCGCGCGAUUCGACGUUUAGCAAAGCUAGACGAGCCUUCCAUAAUUUUAGACGUACUAUCAUUUCGCGAACUUUUUUUUUUCUCCUCAACAAUCGUCCGUUAUUCGGGAACGGAGAAGACUGCGCGAAGAAUAACGAUAAAGAAGAUUGAAAACGGAAGUUCCAAUUAUCUUCCUGUAACGUCGAAGUAUUUUUGUUACAGGAAAGACCCGAGUGAUUUCAAUGCUUCGAAUCUCCAGGCAGAGAUAGAAAAGAAAGAUAGAUAAACGUGAAUUUAUUUUACGUAUUAUACAUAUCAGAAUGGAAGAGAAGAGAACGACAGAUGGUAAUCGUUCUUUUUUCUAUUGCAAUCUUGAUAUAAAUAUAUAUAUAUAUAAAAAGAGAUAUAUAUGUAUAGAUAAAGAUAUAUGUAUAUUGUAUUAUUUGCUGGUAGGAACGUUUCAAAUCGUACGGAUUUCUUCUCCCUUCGCGUCCUUUGAACCUUGAUCUACAAUUUAUCCUGUACUUUACCUAAUUCAUGUCGUUAUAGUGUUAUACAAUAUACGAAACUAUUUUGCUAUGAUUCUUUGUAAACAUCCACUCCGCUGAUCGGCUUUUUACGAUAGAACGAAGUUCAAGACGCGUCGAGAUUGGUCAUUAACGUGAUUUCUUCGUUAACAGAUAACUACAACAUUUUAUUUCCGACAAAGACAUUGACACAUCUUGUCGAUAAUUGCUAGUACAAAAAUAAUGGUGAAGGAUAUACAUAUCAAUCCGCUCAGUUAAAUUUAUGAUCUAUUUUGUUAUUAAGUUUUAAAUUGAACUCGAAAAAAAGUGGGGACAGUGUUAAUAACGAGUCUCGAAGCCCAUAUUGUAAAUUCAUAUCUUCGAUCGUAACAGCUUGAAACUACGUUUCUUUGCAAUAUCGUAUGAAGAUCUACUAUUUUAAGUAAUUGAGUCUAGUCCAUACAUCAAGCGAAUUAACGAUAUCUAUUCUGCUGAAAUUGUAAAAAUAUUCUCACUAGCGAUCUUUUCACCCUUCGCCGACAAUCCAUAAAUAAGCUAUGUAUAAAUAAGCUCCAACAACCCUUAAGGCUAACAAGCUUUUAUUUCAGGUUUAUCUUUCAGAAACUAAUAUUUAAAAAAUGAAAGUUAAUUAGGGCCUCAGCGACCGACCACCAUCCAACAAGGGUCAAUAUUUUUCACAAGACUAAAAGAUGAAAAAAUACUGUUUUAACCCUUCAGUAUAGAAUUAAAGUUUUAGACAAAGUUAAAUAGAGCAACACCUAAUUUAACUAUUUAAGGGUUGAUCGCAUCGGUGAGAAUAUUAGAGCAAUUUUAGCGCGUUCGUGUAUAUUUACUGUAUAUUUAAAAUAUAAGGUAUCUUCUAACGAGCAUAGGUAAGAUUAGUCGAUAUAGAUGAUUCCCUUUAGCUAUCUACUUAGAUCAAAAUACCGUACCUUAAUUUUAUAGCAACCAGUAUCUGCAGACAACAUGCAAUUCAAUCGUGAGCCCCGUAUCUCGAUAUUGGAUCGUUGUUUGAACAUUUUAUCAUCGACUAUUUCCUAUUUUUUACAUCGAACACAACGAGCGUUUUAUUAUAAUUAAAGAAAUAAUAUCACCGAGUGCCUGUUUCGAUCGAGAGGACAUAUCGAACCAGCUAGACCAAUAUUUCCUGAUUUCUAACUAUAAAAUAUUGUCGUGCAUAUCGAGAAGAAUGAAAUAAAAUUUCAGAUACUUAUGAAUA